CUCCACGAUAUGUUUACGCAAGUAAGAAAGCGGGGCUAAAUGGGACAUUUAGUUGGGAGAGCCUAACAACCCUCCCUAACGAACUUACCAUUUCUAAAUGAGCUGUCCAAUCUCUCGCUUCCAAGUGUCAACCCUUUCCCGCCAAAAGCAACCGUCUUCCCCAUUUCACAAAACAAAACCAGAACAAUCACGAAGCAAAAACCACCGUCAAUGGCCACCAAACUAAUCUUCCUCUUCAUUUUGCUCUUCCUUCUCCGUCUCCCUCUCUCUUCUGCCACUGCCGUCGUGGCCACCAACACCAACAAUAACCUCCGCAUAGCCGCCGACGUCCUCUCGGACUCCGGCUAUCUCUCGAUGUCUCUCACUCUCCAACUCUUCUCCAAAUCCCUAACAACCCAUUCACACUCUCACUCUCAUUCUCCCUCUUCUUCUCUCACUCUAUUCGCUCCCUCCGACGCCGCCUUCGCCGUCUCCGGCCAACCCUCGCUCUCCCUCCUCCAACUCCACUUCUCCCCUCUCUUUCUCACGCUCCAAUCCCUAAAAAAUCAACCUUGCAACUCGACAGUCCCCACUUUUUCCCCCAAUCACUCCCUUGUCAUCACUUCUAACGACUGCGACGUCUAUCUGAACGCCGUCAAGAUUCAUCCUUCGCCUUUGUACGUUGACGGGUCGUUGAUCAUCUUCGGAAUCGACGAGUUUUUCAACCAGAAUUACAGCGGUUCAGCCCCCACCACGAGAAGUAAAAACGACCCGAAUCCUGAUUGUGGGUUGUCGUUUAAUGGGUCUGUCAAUGCGUUUAAGAACGUCUCUGAGGUUUUAAGAUCGAAAGGUUACUCCUUUACGGCAGCGUUUCUUGAAUUACAGUUGUUAGGGUUUAAUAAAAAGAGCAAAAAUCCCAAUUUCUUGACUUUUUUCGCUCCUGGUGAUGAUGCGAUGAUGGGUUUCAUCGGAAACGUGAGUGAAUACUCAUCGUUGUUGUUCAGGCAUCUGGUGAAUUGCAAGAUUCUGUGGAGUGAAUUGGUGAGUUUUGAUUAUGAUAGGGGGGAAAUUGUAAUGGGGACAUUCUUGGAGGGCUUUAAGAUCAUUGUGACAAAGUCUGAAGAUGGAGUUUUGAUGCUAAAUGGAGUGGAGCUUACCUCUCCGGAUGUGUAUUAUAGUGACAUACUGGUGGUACAUGGCAUUGCUGAGGUUCUUGUUGUGCCGAAGAGGCAACAAAAACUUCCCGCCGAUCAACAGGCUUCUUCAGAGAUUCAUGAGCAGAGAACUGCUCCGGAUCAUGGUGAAUUCUAAGGCUUUUCUGAUGCUUCAUUUUAAGGAAAUUUUAACUUCAUUUGUUGCUUUAUUAAGAUUGUGUUAGGCCUCUUGAAAUCACCUGAAUUUGACAAACAAAAUGAAUAUCUGGGUUCUGUUACUUGUUAAUGUUCAUGCUAUGAAUAUGUGCAUUUCUUUCA